AAGAGCAUCCAGCCAUGGCGGCUUGUAGAAUUCUCUCUGUCUGAGUUGAGUUGAAAAUGGAGAAGCAACCAGGCCUCCCAACUCACACAGUGCAGGCAGUGCCACGGAUUUGGUUCAAUCGUUUCCAUGCUGCAGUGUAUAGCUGUGCACUCUUUGCCUUCUUCUAUCACAGGCUUCUCUCCCUACUGCAAGCCACAACGCUGCUCUCCUUCACCUCCUUCCUCUUACUCACCCUUGCCGACCUUGUCUUCUCCCUCAUGUGGGUAUUGUCCCAGGCCUUCCGCUGGACUCCGGUGCGACGGCGCGCCUUCCCGGACAACCUCCGGAACAAGCUCCCCGAGGCCGAGCUCCCGGCUCUCGACGUCUUCAUAUGCACCGCGGACCCCCUCAGGGAGCCGCCUAUCGAUGUCGCGAACACGGCCUUGUCGGCCAUGGCGUUCGACUAUCCGGCCGAUAAGAUAUCGGUUUACGUCUCCGACGACGGUGGGUCGAAGCUUACGCUCUUGGCUUUCAUAGAGGCGGCGAGGUUCGCCAAGAAGUGGGUUCCCUUCUGCAAGGAGCAUAAGAUAAGGGAGAGGAACCCGCAGGCUUACUUCACUAGUGCCAGCAACGGAGGGUACAUGGUCGAAGGGUGGAGGGAAAUGAAGGAUAUGUAUGAGGAGAUGAAAGAGAGGGUGGAGAGUGCAGUGGAAAGAGGGGACGUCAACGAGGAUCAAGUCAUCCACGAGGAAAAUCUUAUGGCUUUUCAGAAGUGGACGCCUGGCUUUUCUCGUAGGAACCAUCCAACAGUUAUAGAGGUGUUGUUAGCAGCAGGCAAGGAUGCGGAUGCCAUGGGCCAUGCCAUGCCAAACCUUGUAUAUUUGUCCAGAGAAAAGAGCAUCACUUCUCAUCACCAUUUCAAAGCUGGAGCCCUGAACACAUUGCUAAGGGUAUCAUCAGUGAUGAGCAAUGCUCCCAUACUACUGAACCUAGACUGCGACAUGUACUCGAAUGAUCCGGCGGCACCAUACAGGGCUCUAUGCUUCUUGCUGGAUCCAGAUUUGAGCACCACUUUGGCCUUUGUUCAGUUCCCACAGAUAUAUCAUGGGAUCAACAAGAAUGACAUCUACGGCAAUGAGUAUAAGCGCCCAUUUCAGAUCAACCCAUUGGGUAUGGAUGGUUCAGGAGGCCCCAACUACAUCGGCACCGGCUGUUUUUUCCAGCGUAGAGCUUUUGCAGGCAAGCCGGCAUUGAAACCGCAUUCAGAAAUCAUACUGGAGGGAUCCUCCACCAACAAUGGAGGAAGAGAGCCUAUUUGGUCACAAAGAACUUUAGAAGCAGCUCAUCGUGUUGCAGGCUGCAAUUACGAGCAGGGGACUGAGUGGGGCUCCUCAAUAGGGUUCAGGUAUGGAUCGUUGGUGGAGGAUUUUCACACGGGAUACAUGCUGCACUCUGAGGGGUGGCGGUCGGCAUUUUACAAUCCGCCGGAGCCGUCAUUCCUAGCCGACUUUCCGAUGACCCUCAACGAUGUGCUGUGCCAGUGCAAGAGGUGGACGGUGGGGCUGCUGGAAGUGUCCUUCUCCUGCUUUAGGUGCCCACUUACCUUUGGGCUCCGCCACUCUGCCUCUCUCAUCGCCGCCAUGUCCUACGCCCACUACUCCUUUUGGCCCCUGUGGUGCAUACCUAUCACCAUUUAUGCUCUCCUCCCCCAGUUCACUCUCCUCCUUGGUCUUCCCAUCUUUCCUAAGGCAACUGAUCCAUGGAUUUUCCUCUAUGUAUACCUCUUUCUUGCCUCCUACGGCCAAGACAUGCUCGAGUACAUCAUGGAAGGCAGCACGUUGGCCAGGUGGUGGAAUGAGCAGAGAAUGUGGAUGAUCAAAGGGGUCUCCUCUUUCCUCUUUGGCUUUCUUGAGUUCUUACUGCAACAGAUGGGCAUAUUCAGGUCAGGAUUCAACAUAACUAGCAAGGUUGCAGAUGAUCGGACUGCUAAGAGGUACAGGCAAGGUGUCGUCGAUUUCGGUGUCGCUUCGCAGAUGUUCUUCAGCAUCUCUGCUGCUGCCGUCAUCAGUUUGGUGGCACUGGCAGUUGGUUCUGUUAGGGUAUUGCUGCAGGGAGGUGGGGACGAGAUGGCAGUCCAGUUGUUCAUCUCUGGCUUUGUUGUGCUGAACUCUUGGCCUGUAUUUGAGGCAAUGGUGCUUAGGAGCGACAGUGGAAGGAUGCCCAAGAGGAUCACAUUGUUCGCCGGCUUCGUGGGGUAUGCUUUCUUCUUCAUGGCAGAGCUUGCUAGGGGAAAUUAGUCCGUGUAAAAGAGAGAGAGAGACAGAGAGAACAAGAAAACCUCUAUUUGUGAAGCGCACAGUUACAGCGGUUUUUUUCUCUAAUGUUAUGACGAAUAAAGACAUAAGGAGAGCUAGCUAUGUAUA